CUCAGAAGGAGAUAAGAAACUACAGCGAUUUCGUGACGGGAUAAAGGCUCUGAUUGUCAACCCGGAGGUGAAGGACACGAAGGCACUGGAGUCGUACCAGAAGAAUAUAGAGGAAAAAAUGGAGGUUUUCAAAACAUGUGAACGCGAGACGAAAACGAAGGCAUUCAGUAAGGAGGGACUGGCAGCCACUUCACCGCAUGAAACUCCGCAGGCACACACGGAGGCGUGGAUGAAGUCUGCCAUGGAAGACGCACGAAAGCAGAUUGAAAUUAUUGAGUAUGACGUGGAACGCAACACGCGUGGUCACCACGGGCGUGGCAAGAACACCGCCUCGGCCGAUGCCACGAGGUUGCAGAAACUAAAGUUUCACUUAGGAAAGCUUGAACAGCUUCUCAAGGCGGUGACAAACGGUGAUGCCGACCUUGACGAGGUGGGCGACAUUGAAGAGCGGGUACAACGGUUCCUGCAGAAUGAGACAAAUAGCGAUGAUGACGAUGAUGAAGAAACCCUCUACAGCGGGUUUGACCUGGAGGACAACCACUGUGAGAAGCAACGUGGUAGCGGGACGGAGGGGGAAGACGCAGCGGGGGCGCAGGAUGCAAUGAAGAAGUCCGUGACGUCAAGCCCCGCCACCACACGGGCAUCGUCGCAGGGUGCCGUGAAGAAAACGACGCCUUCUACAGUUGUCGGCAAGUCAGAGGCAACGAAGCGUCAGGCGGGUACCACGCAGGCGGUGCCAAGAACAGGGAAUGCUUCACCUACCGGUGUAGCAAAGUUAACUGCGAGUAGGGAUAUCGCCUCGGAUACGUGGGAUGAUACCGCGGGGCUGCUGGAUGAUGAGAUGGACAAGGCCAACACAGACACGUUUGGCGACGACGCAAUGGACAUUAAAGGCCCCGGCUCUUUAGCAGAUAUGGCAAAAGCAACAAGCAACUUUCCUCGUCUGGGCGACUUGGAAAAGGGCCGCCCCGCGGCUCUAACUGCGCCAGCAGCCGCUCCCGAUGCUCCCGUCUCUCCUGUAACAGCAACGGCAAUAACAGCAGCAGCGGCGCCUUCCAUUGCCCCUUCCACUGCGAGCAAGGCGCAAGCCGCAGAACAACCAGCUGCUCCAGCACCGACAACAAAUACAACAACAGCAGCAACACCGGCAGCAGCAGCAGCAGCACAACUCUCUUCCUCCUCUUCACAGCCGCAACGAACGGCGGAGCACAAACAAAGCAGUGCUAGUGCAGCCGCUUCAAGCCAUAUUAUUGUCAACUAUGACAAGGCCAUGAUGCUGCAACUUGUUGACAUGUCUUUAGCGAAUUUGCCGCAUACUCAAGACAUUGACCGACAACGUCCCUUUGAGCCGUCUAAUCCGACUACUUGCCCCCUUUAUUACCCGCAGCAGGUACUUCCAGCGUUAGCCUCACCCGAUAUAUACCGUGAAUUUGAGUUGGAAACCCUCUUCUUUAUCUUUUAUUACCAUCAAAAUACGUAUCAACAGUAUUAUGCUGCAAAACAGAUUAAGGCGCAAUCAUUUCGUUAUCACACACAACUCAAUACAUGGUUUAAACGCAACGGUCAUAUGAAGGAGUCUCAAGAGGGAAGUGAACGAGGAUCUUUUAUAUUUUUCAACUACGAGGACACGUGGUCUAUAGAAGAAAAGGAGGACUUUACGUUUGACUAUCAAUAUUUAGAAGAUCAACUCCGUUGA